GUCAGAUCCCGUGACUCUGUCCAUGGUUCCGAGCGUUUUGUGUUGAAUAUCUGAACGCUCUUUGUUUUUUGAUUGACAUGAUCAUCAGUCCUGUUUAAAGGUAUCUGUAACAUACUGUUUAUCCAAUGAAGAUGCUGUCUCGCUUACUGAAGGAGCACCAGGCGAAGCAAAACGAGCGAAAAGAGCUGCAAGAAAAACGCAGACGUGAGGCUAUAGCUGCAGCCACAUGCCUGACAGAAGCCCUGGUAGACCAUCUGAAUGUUGGAGUGGCCCAGGCAUAUGUGAAUCAACGUAAACUGGACCAUGAAGUUAAGACACUGCAAGUCCAAGCAAGCCAGUUUUCCAAGCAGACUGCUCAGUGGAUCAGUGUGGUGGAGGGCUUUAACCAGGCCCUAAAGGAAAUAGGUGAUGUAGAGAACUGGGCUCGUAGUAUUGAACUGGACAUGAGAACCAUCGCCACAGCCUUGGAGUAUGUGCAUAAAGGUCAGCUCCAAACGGCAUCCACGUAGUGCCAGAAAGAAGAGACUUUCCACUACCAAAUGUAUCGGGAUAAUAUGAAGACGUUGCCUCAUUAGCUCUGGAUCAUGGUACCAUCGUUUGUGUGAACUCUGAAAGAAUUUGGGCUGAUAAAACUGAAGGACUGCUUAGAGAAUGGCCAAUAUGUUUUACAAGGCGAAAUAUUUAAAGUAAAACAAUUGUAAUGCAGUGUGUUUUGAUAAUGUUAUUUGUACAGCUUGAACCCUUAAAAUAAAUGUUAACAUAUUCCCAAUGAUUACAA